AUGCAGUCUGCCGCAAGCCAUUCUCCACCAUACUACGGGCAUUGCGACAAACCACAAUUUGGUCACCGCUUGGUUUCUUUAACGGUUGGGUCCACACUGCUGCUAAUCCCGCUUAUUGUGCCUCAGGUGUAUGGCGGAUUCAGCAUCGAGGACCUCCUCCAGGUGGAGGCCGACCUGAAGCACGAUGCUCCCGGAAGCGGUAUAGCGAUGUCCCUUGAACGACGCGCUAAGAUAAACUUGCUCAAGUUUCUUCAAGUCGAGACGGUUCUGCACUUCGAACGACAGUAUGAUCAGUUGUGCUAUGAGCGCAACAAGGAUGGAGGUCUUGAGUGUGUUCGCGGUAUCCCCCCGGCUCGCAUGAAGGACAUGUUGCAGCCUCAGAAAAUGAAACGGCAGAAGUGCGAGCUUGCGGAGAAGCUCCAUUUCUACCUUGCGGCCGCCAAAGUUGCGAAACGGUGCUUAGACGAACUAGUCCAGAAUGUCGUCGGCGGACUGGAAGGAUGUGAAGUCCAGUUCGCGGACGUUAAGUCGCUCGAAAGCACGGAACGCAAGACCGUCAACUUUUAUAGCGGAGACGUCCGGAAGGUCGCCGACAUGGCUCGCUUGUCCGUGGUCUGUCAGGAACCGGAGGACCUUAAGCAGGCAUACGUGAGCAUUACGAGGACCCUAAAGCCACGAGAUAUUUUUCGAGUCACUAACGGGUUCAUCUCCGACUGGAUGCCCAGCGGCUACCGGGAUGUGAAACUGAACGCGGUUGUUAACGGGCAUCUAUGCGAGAUCCAGCUGCACCUCCGGGAGUUCUACAACUUAAAGCGCCAUCAGCACGUUGUGUACGAGUGGGCGCGGGAUCUUAACGUGACUAAGGCGAUGGUAGCGGACCAACUCUUCGAGAACCUGUCGGGCGAGGUUACGGAUGAGAUGAUCCGCCUGGCUGAGAGUAACUGGCAUGAGACUGGGUUUUUGCUGCCGCGCUUGCAGCUUGCCGCUGGACGGUACGCCCAUGCGGAGGAUGGGCACAGAAAGGCUCUCUCUGAGGCCGAGCGCGCCGUGCGAGGUUUGAAGGACAACGCAACCAUGGAAUGGAAGUGGGUGUUCCGCCAACAAAUUCAAGCGACGGCUGAUCUUGGUGACUGUCUGGAGCGACAGGGCAAGUACGACGAGGCAGAAACGUUGUACACUAGAGCUAUCAUUGACGGAGAGAAGACCCUUGGUGCAGGUCAUCCGGAAAUUGCUGUGUGGAUGAACGACAAGGCCAUCGUGUUGCAGAAUCAGGGGAAGUAUGAAGAGGCCGAACGACUGCUCAAGCGCGCAAAGGACAUAAAUAAGAAAGUUUUCGGUGAGGAGCACCCGGAGGUUGCCACGGUCCUCGACAACUGGGCCUCGUUCUUGGCAGAGAGCAAGGGCAACUAUGCUGAGGCAGCAGCACUCUAUGAACGGUCACAAGAUAUUCGAGAGAAGGUCCUGGGUCCGGAUCAUCCCGAUGUAGCCCAGUCGCUUAACAACCGGGCGGGGUUGCUACAACGAGAGGGAAAAUAUGCUGAGGCGCAACAGUUCUUUGAGCGGUCACAGGCGAUUCGAGAGAAGGUCCUGGGCCCGGAUCAUCCAGAUGUAGCCCAGUCGCUCAACAACCGGGCGGCGUUGCUACAGCUGCAGGGCGAGUACUCCGAAGCAGACCCUUUCUUCAAAAGAGCUGCUGCAAUCAACGAGGCGGUUCUUGGCCCACAACACCCAACAGUGGCUGCAGAUUUCAACAACCGUGCGGAGCUUUUGCGAGAGCAGGGCAAGUGCGCUGAAGCGGAGCCUCUCUACGAGCGUGCCAUCAAGAUCUGGGCCGAGGCACUCGGGGCUGAGCACCCAAACGUGGCCGUCGUACUCAACAACCAGGCCCGGUUGUUGGAGAGUCAGGGCAAGUAUGAACAGGCUGACCACAAGUACCGCCAAGCUAUUGAGAUUGGCGAGAACACGCUGGGUCGUGAUCACCCCAACGUGGGGACCUGGCUCAGCAACCGGGCUGGUUUGCUGGAGACGCAGUGUGACUACACCGAGGCGGACCCUCUGUACCUAAGGGCGAUCGAGAUCGGAGAAAAAGCGCAUGGCCCUGAUCACCCAGACAUCGCGACGAGGCUCAACAGGCGGGCGGGAUUGUUGCGAUUGCAGGGCAUGCCUGACGAAGCCAGGCCUCUGUACGAGCGGGCGCUCGCCAUUCGCGAGAAAGCUCUGGGUCCUGAUGACACUGCUGUGGCCGUGUCGCUCAGCAACCUGGCGGGGGUGUUGACCAGUCAGGGCAAGUAUGAGGAGGCUGAGCCAUUGUACAAGCGCUCGGUUGCGAUCGACGAGGCACUCUACGGACCUGACCACCCGGACGUCGCCGUAGACCUCAACAAUUGGGCGAGCUCGUUCUUUCAACAGGGUAGAUUCGCGGAGGCUGAGGCGCUGUUUAAGAGGACCCAGAAGAUCUGGGAGAUUUGGCUCGGGGGGGAUCAUCAGAACGUUGGCUUAGUCCUCAACAACCGAGCGAAGUCGUUGGAGUUUCAGGGGAAAUACGUUAAGGCCGAGCGACUGUUUAAGCGGGCUCAGGCUAUAGAGGAGAAGGUUCUGGGCCCGGAGCAUCCAGGCUUGGCCAUAACGCUGCGCAACCGUGCGUUGUUGUUGAGCCGACAGAGGAAGCACAGCAAGGCGGAUUCACUAUUGGAGAGGGCCCUUUCCAUCCAGAAGAACAAGCUGGGAGAAAACCACCAAGACACGAUCGAAACUCAGACCAUCCUGGAGCAGGUGCGAGCACAGUCGACGUCGCCCCGCCCACUCAAGACGUGCGGUUGCCUUUGUGCCGCUUUGCGUCGUAAGGGUUGCCCUUUUGGGCGCCAGAGUACAGACGAACGGUGA